AUGGGUAUUAUAGAUAAGAUCAAGGCUAUUGAGGAGGAGAUGGCCCGUACUCAGAAGAACAAGGCCACUGAGCACCACCUUGGUCUUCUGAAGGGUAAGCUUGCUCGUUACAGGCAGCAAUUGCUUGCGGACGAGUCGCAGAGCAGCGGUGGUGGUGGUUCUGGUUUCGAAGUUGCGAAGUCUGGUGACGCGCGGGUGGUUUUGAUCGGUUACCCCUCUGUAGGUAAGUCGUCGCUGCUGGGCAAGAUCACGUCUACAAAGUCUGAGAUUGCGCACUAUGCGUUCACCACGCUGACGUCUGUUCCUGGUGUGCUGAAGUAUGAAGGUGCGGAGAUUCAGAUAGUGGACUUGCCCGGUAUCAUCUAUGGUGCUUCUCAAGGUAAAGGUCGUGGUAGGCAGGUUGUUGCGACGGCGCGGACAGCAGACUUGGUGCUGAUGGUGCUGGAUGCGACGAAGAGCAAGCACCAGAGGGAGUCGCUGGAGAAAGAGCUGGAAGCCGUGGGUAUAAGGCUGAACAAGGAGAAGCCUAACAUAUACUUCAAGAAGAAGGAGACCGGCGGUGUUAAGAUCACGUUCACGUCUCCAUCGCGGACUAACCUGACGGAGCAGGCCAUCAAGCUGAUUCUGCGGGACUAUAGGAUACAUAACGCGGAGGUGCUGGUGAGGGACGAGAAGUGCACGAUCGAUGACUUCAUCGACGUUAUCAACGAGCAGCACAGGAACUACAUCAAGUGUCUGUACGUCUACAACAAGAUAGACUCCGUGUCGCUGGAGGAGGUUGAUAGACUGGCCCGCGAGCCGAACACCGUCGUGAUGUCCUGUGAGAUGGACCUCGGCAUCCAGGACGUGGUGGAAGAGAUAUGGUACCAGCUGAACCUAAGCAGGGUGUACACGAAGAAGCGUGGCUCAAAGCCCAGCUUCGACGACCCACUGGUUGUGAGAAACAACUCUACGGUAGGCGACCUGUGCCACCAAAUACACAGAGACUUCAAGGACAAGUUCAAGUACGCCCUGGUUUGGGGCUCAAGCGCAAAGCACUCCCCGCAGAAAUGUGGUCUGACCCACCGCAUAGACGAUGAAGACGUCAUAUCCUUAUUUACCAAGUAA